GCAACGCCGCUCCUCUCCACUUCCGGGAACGAAGGGGCGGAUACCCGUAAUCCGGAAGUGGUGCCAAAGCCUCUUCCGGUUCUGCUCGCGUUGCGUUUUUCCUCGCGUCACCGCCGGCAUGAAGCCGAUCCUGCUGCAGGGCCAUGAGCGGUCCAUUACGCAGAUUAAGUACAACCGCGAGGGAGACCUCCUCUUCACGGUGGCCAAGGACCCUAUUGUCAAUGUAUGGUACUCGGUGAAUGGUGAGAGGCUGGGCACCUAUAUGGGCCAUACCGGAGCUGUGUGGUGUGUGGACGCUGACUGGGACACCAAGCAUGUCCUCACCGGCUCAGCUGACAACAGCUGUCGUCUCUGGGACUGUGAAACAGGGAAGCAGCUGGCCCUACUCAACACCAAUUCAGCAGUCCGGACCUGUGGCUUUGACUUCGGGGGCAACAUCAUCAUGUUCUCCACGGACAAGCAGAUGGGCUACCAGUGCUUCGUGAGCUUCUUCGAUCUGCGGGAUCCGAGCCAGAUUGACAACAACGAGCCCUACAUGAAGAUCCCUUGCAACGACUCCAAGAUCACCAGUGCUGUUUGGGGACCCCUUGGCGAGUGCAUCAUUGCAGGCCACGAGGGCGGAGAGCUCAACCAGUAUAGCGCCAAGUCUGGGGAGGUAUUGGUGACUGUUAAGGAGCACUCCCGGCAGAUCAAUGACAUCCAGUUAUCCAGGGACAUGACCAUGUUUGUCACUGCAUCCAAGGACAACACAGCCAAGCUCUUUGACUCCACAACCCUUGAACACCAGAAGACUUUCCGGACAGAACGUCCCGUCAACUCAGCUGCCCUCUCUCCCAACUAUGACCAUGUGGUGCUGGGCGGUGGUCAGGAAGCAAUGGAUGUAACCACCACUUCCACCAGGAUUGGCAAGUUCGAGGCCAGGUUCUUCCACUUGGCCAUUGAAGAAGAGUUUGGAAGAGUUAAGGGUCACUUUGGACCUAUCAACAGUGUUGCCUUCCAUCCUGAUGGCAAGAGCUACAGCAGCGGCGGAGAAGAUGGUUAUGUCCGCAUCCACUACUUCGACCCGCAGUACUUUGAAUUUGAGUUUGAGGCUUAAGAAGCCGGAUCUCUGGGAAUUCCCUGGCUAUCCAGUGAUUAGGACUCCGAGCUUCCACUGCAGGGGGCAUGGGUUCCAUCCCUGGUCGGGGAAGUAAGAUCCCACAUGCCGCACGGCGUGGACACACGCACACACACACACACACCACAAAAAGAAGCUGGAUCUCCAUAUGGGCCAGGUUCACAGAAGGCUUUGGACUCUGAGAAAUAAAUUAGUUUGGAAAUAAAUGGUUUCUGGUCAGAAA